GUGGGAGACAGGGAGACUGCGCUCCGGGGCACUGGGUGAGGGAUUUUCCAGGGUCACGCUGGCAAGUAGGAGACUGAACAGUGCGAUUCGCUCUGGCGGCCUAGGUAUUGUCAGGACAUGACCUGUACCUUUCCCGGAGCCUCUCCCCGAGCCGCCAUGAACCGGGGUGUCUAGGGCUGGGUCCUUGUGUGGAAGGCAGGGAAAACUGGACUCUCCUAACUCCUGAUCUCAUAUCCCUGGACUGGAUCGGCAGAUAAGAUACCUGGCCUGGGUAGCCGCUAACUUCCUGGGGUACAGUAACACCUUUGGGCCUUGCAGUGCCUAACCUGAAAGCUGUAUAAUUCAUCGACUUCCGGUCUUCCUAGGUUCUUCUUGUCCCCCACAACCCCAAUCCUUCUUGAUCACAAUCAUCCUGUCAUCCUCUUUGUGUAGUAGCCUAAGGUCCUCAACCAUGGAUCCCCCUUCCAGACCCAGGAACACUACUACCUCCUGCCAGACAGGAGAGGAAAGGGUCAUUUUCUUGCCCUACUUGUGGUGAAGGGCCUGGGGCUAGCUUCAGGUAGGAGGUCAGGAACAAAAAAUUCCUGCUGAGUCACUGGUUUGGGUGGGAUAGGCUCCUUCCUUAAGCAGGGCCCCACUUGGAUAGGCAGAUGUCAGUGAGCAGGCUGUUGGAUUCAUCGCUGAUAGGAGUGGUCACCGCCCCGUCUAUCGUCAAGGGGCGAUGUGUACCAGUGAAUGAUUGUAAGGGCAUUUAAGGUCGUGUGUGACUUCUGUGAGGUCAGGUACCACAGUGGCCGCUCAGGACUAAGGCCACUUCCCAACCCAUGUGUCUCUGAGGGUUCUCACCACUGGCUAGACAGUAUCAGUUCUCAGUCUUAUACAAGGAAGUGUCCCCUCAGCGUGAGCAUGCUAGGAUCCCCAGGUAGUGUGGGAAUGCUGCCUAGGAGAGCUGGCUCCAGUCUGAGACCUGUCCAAGCAGACAGGCCCGCAUCAGACCCCAGGUGCUCUGCUUCCAUCUCCCCAGAACAGUGUGCCACGCCUCACAUUGCAGACAGGAAGGAAAAGCAACAGCCUUAGGUCAGGGCAAUGCCCCAGAGGGAAGUCGGAGCACUCUUCUUAGGGCCAGUAGACAUAGGAGUGUCCCCACCUCCAAUCUCUGUCACACUUGGACUUGCUAAUGUGUUACGCCAUGCCCCUAGGGGUGGCAGACACUGUAGCUCCCUGGGUCAUACACAGCAGAGUCCCGCUGGACCCCCAACGUCAUUGAACAAGUAUCCCCUAAUACCAGAGCUGCCAUCCUGUCAGCAUCGCUGGCCCACUCCUCAAGGCACUCCUCCUCCUGGGCAGAAAUACUUCCCUAGUUUGGACUAUCAUCCAGGAACCUGUGUGCUAGGCAGGGCAAGAGUCCCAAGCCAUUUCAAACCUGUGGAGCAGUGGGGAAUGGUAUGAGCCUGCCCUAAGGCAACUUCCAGGCCAGAGGCCACCAGGUUUGCAGGCGUUUGGUUGUCACUUCUAAUGCCUUCUUCAACCACAAGCUUCUGCUACUCGCACUCAUGGCCCAGGGACCUCCUGAUGUGGACAUGAACGGUUUCUCGGGCACAUACUUGCCAGUGAACUCAGACCAGGCUGGACCUGGGCUAGCCCGUGACAUCUGGCUUCCAAGGCACAGGAGUCAUGCUCUCUCAUGAGCGCACAUGCACGCACGUGUGUGUGCACACACACACACACACCAGCCACUAGAGAACAGUGAUCCUGAGGCACCUGUGAUGGGGGACGCUGACAGAGAACUUGGGACGAGGCUUGUAGCAAAGUCUUCCUUCAUUCUUAGUGUAUUAGGGAGAGGGUGGAGAUCCGGGGCCUUGGGUAUUGGCAAUGGCUCUGUUGCCAUCAGGAUGGGUGAGUGAGUCUGGGAGGGUAUAAAGAAGAGACCCUACAGGGAACUGUGAGUUCCCAAGGAACUGUGGCCCAGGGAGGUUUUAGCUGAGGUGAGACGGAAGCAAGGGUGAAGAUUUUCAGAGAGGUCGAAGGUUGAGGAGUCAGGACAGGGAGAUCAGUGAAGGGACUGUGGGCAGAUGCAGGUGUGGACUGAGGAAAGAGGUGUGGGUGGGGCUUAAGGCCAUCAUCCCUGGAUGAGUCAAUCUGCACUCCACUGUGCUCACCUUGGGCCAGGCCCCUGGCCCCAACAUGGCCCGUCGCUCCCAGAGCAGCUCGCAGGGGGACAACCCACUGGCACCUGGGUACCUGCCACCUCACUACAAAGAAUAUUACCGCCUAGCGGUGGAUGCAUUGACUGAGGGUGGGCCAGAAGCCUACAACCGCUUCUUGGCAUCUGAGGGGGCACCUGACUUCCUGUGCCCUGAGGAACUGGAACACGUGAGCCGCCACCUGCAGCCCCCACAGUAUGUGGCCCGGGAACCCCCUGAAGGCACCCCAUCUGAUGUGGACAUGGACGGGUCCUCAGGCACCUACUGGCCAGUGAACUCAGACCAGGCUGUGCCUGAGCUGGACCUGGGCUGGCCCCUCACAUUUGGCUUCCAAGGCACAGAGGUCACCACACUGGUACAGCCGCCGCCACCUGACAGCCCCAGCAUCAAAGAUGAAGCUCGGAGGAUGAUCCGCUCUGCCCAGCAGGUGGUAGCUGUGGUGAUGGACAUGUUUACCGACGUGGAUCUGCUCAGUGAGGUGCUAGAGGCCGCUGCAAGGCGAGUCCCGGUCUACAUUCUGCUGGAUGAAAUGAACGCCCAGCACUUCCUAGACAUGGCCGACAAGUGUCGCGUCAACCUGCAUCAUGUGGACUUCCUGCGUGUGCGCACAGUGGCAGGUCCUACUUACUACUGCCGCACUGGGAAGUCUUUCAAGGGCCAUCUAAAGGAGAAGUUCUUGCUUGUGGACUGUGCCGUAGUGAUGAGCGGCAGUUAUAGCUUCAUGUGGUCCUUCGAGAAAAUCCACCGCAGCCUGGCUCAUGUGUUCCAGGGAGAGUUGGUCUCCAGCUUCGACGAAGAGUUCCGCAUCCUCUUCGCACAGUCGGAGCCACUGGUGCCCUCAGCCGGGGCGCUAGCCCGCAUGGAUGCCUAUGCGCUAGCUCCAUACUCUGGGGCUGGGCCCCUGGUGGGCGUCCCCGGGGUUGGAGCACCAACACCUUUUUCUUUCCCUAAACGGGCGCACCUCCUAUUCCCACCGCCCAGGGAAGAAGGCCUGGGCUUCCCCUCUUUCCUAGACCCUGACCGCCACUUCCUGUCGGCUUUCCGCCGAGAGGAGCUGCAGAGAAUGCCUGGGGGUGCUUUGGAGCCUCACACAGGGCUCCGGCCACUGGCGCGCCCAACUGAGGCUGGGCCGUUCGGAGAGCUCGCGGGCCCCCGGGGCUUCUUCCAGUCAAGGCACCUGGAAAUGGAUGCCUUCAAGCGGCAUAGCUACGCAACACCCGAUGGAGCUGGAGCAGUGGAGAACUUUGCAGCGGCACGGCAGGUGUCACGACAAACAUUCCUCAGUCACGGUGAUGACUUCCGUUUCCAGACCAGCCACUUCCAACGGGACCAGCUCUAUCAGCAGCAUUACCAGUGGGACCCACAGUUUGCUCCUGCGCGCCCACAGGGCCUCUUCGAGAAGCUUCGUGCAGGCCGACCUGGCUUUGCGGACCCUGAUGACUUUGCCUUAGGUGCUGGUCACCGCUUCCCAGAACUCGGUGCUGAUGUGCACCAACGGCUGGAAUACGUGCCAUCCAGCGCAUCUCGGGAGGUACGCCACGGCUCGGAUCCGGCCUUUGGACCCAGCCCCCGUGGUCUAGAGCCCAGUGGAGCCUCGCGUCCCAAUCUGGGCCAGCGUUUUCCAUGCCAAGCAACCUUGAGACAAGGCCUGGACACCGCUUCGGAGGCAGAACCUGAGCGCAGGGGCGGACCCGAGGGCCGGGCCGGGCUGCGUCACUGGCGCCUUGCCUCCUACCUGAGCGGCUGCCACGGUGACGGUGGGGAGGAGGGUCUACCAAUGGAGGCUGAGGCUUGUGAAGACGAGGUGCUGGCUCCCGGAGGCCGGGACCUGCUCCCCUCCGCCUUCCGCACUCCUGCAGCCUUCCCAGCUAAGGGACCAAAGCCGGGCUCAGGAAGCGGUGGUGGUGACAGCUCCGAGCGAGAGGGCCCAGAAGAGACAAGCCUGGCUAAGCAGGACUCCUUCCGCUCUCGCUUGAACCCGCUCAUCCAGCGCAGCUCCAGGUUGCGCUCAUCACUCAUCUUUGCGUCCCAGGCUGAGGGUGCUGUUGGGACCGCAGCAGCCACCACUGAAAAAGUACAGCUGAUGCACAAAGAACAAACAGUCAGUGAAACUCUGGGUCCCAGCGGAGAGGCUGUUCGUUCCAGCGCCUCGGCCAAAGUGGCGGAGCUCCUGGAGAAAUACAAGGGCCCUGCCCGGGACCCUGGCGGUGCAGGAGGUGCCGUCACUUCCUCCAGCCACAGCAAGGCUGUAGUGUCCCAGGCCUGGCGGGAGGAGGUGGUAGCACCAGGAGGAGCGGGAACUGAACGCCGCAGCCUUGAGAGUUGCUUGCUUGACCUGCGCGAUUCCUUUGCCCAGCAGUUGCACCAGGAGGCAGAGCGACACCCAGGAGCCGCUUCGCUCACUGCUGCGCAACUGCUCGACACCCUGGGCGGCACUGACCGCCUGCCAUCACGCUUCCUCUCCGCCCAGGGCCGCUCCUUGUCUCCACAAGGUCGAGAUAGCCCUCCGCCAGAAGGGCUUGGGACACACCAGCUGCCUUAUUCUGAGCCAAAGGGAAACCCCACCCCAGCUUACCCUGAGCGCAAGGGGAGCCCUACCCCAGCUUACCCUGAGCGCAAGGGGAGCCCUACCCCAGCUUACCCUGAGCGCAAGGGGAGCCCUACCCCAGCUUACCCUGAGCGCAAGGGGAGUCCUACCCAAGCCUACCCUGAGCGCAAGGGGAGCCCCACGUCUGGAUUUCCCAAUCGGAGGGGCAGCCCAACCACAGGAUUGAUGGAGCAGAAGGGAAGUCCCACUUCAACCUACCCAGACCGCAGGGGCAGUCCGGUGCCCCCAGUGCCUGAGCGCAGGGGUAGUCCAGUACCCCCUGUGCCCGAGCGCAGAGGCAGUCUCACUUUCGCUGGGGAGUCUUCGAAGACUGGGCCUACAGAGGAGGUGUCUAGUGGCCCCAUGGAAGUCCUGCGAAAGGGUUCUCUCCGCCUCAGGCAGCUGCUGAGCCCCAAGAAUGAGAGGCGUGGGGAGGAUGAGGGCAGCUUCCCAACUCCGCAGGAAAAUGGGCAGCCCGAGAGCCCCCGGCGGCCCUCGCUGAGUCGGGGUGACAGCACAGAGGCUGCUGCAGAGGAGAGAGGCUCGAGGGUCCGCCUAGCUUCAGCUACAGCCAAUGCUCUGUACAGCAGCAAUCUGCGAGAUGACACUAAGGCCAUUCUGGAGCAAAUUAGUGCCCACGGCCAGAAGCACCGCGGGGUCCCUGCUCCAGGUCCAGCCCACAGCAGUCCUGACGUAGGUCGUCCAACAACUGCAGGAGACUUGGCCCCAGACAUGUCCGACAAGGACAAAUGUUCAGCUAUCUUCCGCUCAGACAGCCUAGGGACACAAGGCCGGCUCAGCCGCACCCUGCCUGGCAGUGCAGAGGAGCGAGACCGGCUCCUUCGCCGCAUGGAGAGCAUGCGCAAAGAGAAGCGUGUCUACAGUCGCUUCGAAGUCUUCUGCAAAAAGGACGAAGCUGGCAGUAGUGGGGCAGGAGACAACUUGGCAGAUGAGGACACCAGGGACAGUAAAAUGGGCAAAUUUGUCCCCAAGAUCCUGGGCACAUUCAAAAGCAAAAAAUGAUCUCCUGGUCUCGGAGGCCAGGACUCUGCAUCACUGCCAUACUGAACCUACAAUACCCAUCUGGAGUGGUGGCUGUCAGGUUAGUGUCAAAGCAGUUUGGGACCUAGCUGACAACCACCUGAACUGAGCUCCACUUGAAUUCGCCUCGCAGCCGCACUGCCUCUCACUCUUGGCUUUUCCAUGAGGGGCUUAGCCCCUCCACCUGGUGCCUUUCCUCAUCACCUACCCCCACCCCAGCCUCCACCAUCUCCUGGGCUCAGGUCUACUUUGGGUCAUUAUUUCACCUCAGGGAUCCAUCUCUCUGCCUUAUGCUCCAGUUUUUCAAGAACUCUAUCACUUUGUGCCUCAGUUCCCUCUUAAGGCCUUUUAUCUCAGGGCUUUUUCUCAGGGUUUCCAUCUCAUGGCUCCUGGUCCUCUCCCUCUGGUGACAGCCUCCUCCCAUCCUCUCAUCUCUAUCUCUCUCGGGAACACACCUUGCCUGCUCCCACUCUGACUCCUCACUGCCUCAUAGCACUUUCUUGGCAUCUGCCCUCUUACUGUGUGGAUGGCAGAGUUGGCCUCGGGCAGUUUAAGGGAAGAGAGGGAUGCUGGCUAGGACAGACUGUUGGAAAGUAAUUGCUAAACACCUAGGGCUCCCCACCCUCCCCGCCUCAGGCCAUGCCUGCCCUCUCCAGCAAGUUUCUGGGUAGCACUUGAAGAGGAGCCAAGAUUGGGGAGCACUGGGCUUUGCAGUACAAUAAAGGAAUCGGGACAGAC